CCGCAGGCUGCUGCCAGGUUUGUGAUUUUAACCCUUCUCCUCUUCCUCAGGAGGAAGAUGAACCUGAAGUCGGAGCGCAGGGGGAUCCACGUGGAUCAGUCGGAGCUGCUGUGCAAGAAGGGCUGUGGGUACUAUGGCAACCCUGCCUGGCAGGGCUUCUGCUCCAAGUGCUGGAGGGAGGAAUACCACAAGGCCAGGCAGAAGCAGAUCCAAGAGGAUUGGGAGCUGGCAGAGCGGCUCCAGCGUGAGGAGGAGGAAGCCUAUGCCAGCAGCCAGAGCAGCCAGGGGGCACAGUCCCUGACCUUCUCCAAGUUUGAGGAGAAGAAAACCAAUGAGAAAACAAGAAAGGUCACUACUGUGAAGAAGUUCUUCACUGCUUCCUCCAGAGCAGGAGCUAAGAAGGCAGCUGAAGAGAAAACCCCUAAGCAAGGACAGCUGGGGAGGGAGAGAAAUGCUGAUAACAUUCUCAGGGAUUUGAAGGAGAUUUUUACUCCCUCCUGGGAACUGGCUUCCCCUUCUGAAGCAGAGCUCCAGGAGGCCAAGGCUCCCAGCCCUGCCAUCCACAGGCAGGCCAGCAUCGAGACAGACAGAGUGUCCAAGGAGUUCAUCGAGUUCAUCAGGACCUACCAGAAGCCUGGCCAGGACAUCUACAAGCAAUGCAAACUCUUCUUGGACACCAUGAGCCACAAAAGGGAUUUGAGCAUUGAGGAACAAUCUGAGUGUGCCCAGGACUUUUACCAAAAUGUGGCAGACAGGCUGCAGACACGUUGGAAAGUACCCCCUGAAAAAGUGGAGAAGGCAAUGGAUGAGGUUGAGAAAUACAUCAUGACUCGCCAGUAUAAAUAUGUUUUUUGCCCUGAGACAACUGAUGAUGAGAAGAAAGACCUUGCUGUCCAAAAGAGGAUCAGGGCUCUGCACUGGGUGACUCCCCAGAUGCUCUGUGUUCCUGUCAGUGAGGAGAUCCCAGAGGUCUCUGACAUGGUUGUAAAGGCAAUCACAGACAUCAUUGAGAUGGACUCCAAGCGUGUCCCUCGGGACAAGCUGGCCUGCAUCACCAAGUGCAGCAAGCACAUCUUCAAUGCCAUCAAAAUCACCAAAAAUGAGCCAGCCUCUGCUGAUGAUUUCCUGCCCACCCUGAUUUACAUCGUGCUUAAGGGGAACCCCCCACGGCUGCAGUCCAACAUCCAGUACAUCACUCGCUUCUGCAACCCCAGCAGGCUGAUGACUGGGGAGGAUGGAUAUUAUUUCACCAACCUGUGCUGUGCUGUGGCCUUCAUUGAAAAACUGGAUGCUCAGUCCCUAAACCUGAGCCAGGAAGAUUUUGAUCGUUUCAUGAGUGGCCAGACCUCCCCAAAAAAGCAGGAAUCUGACAGCUUCUCCCCAGAUGUGUGCCUGGGGGUGAAGCAGAUGUGCAAAAGCUUAGACCUCCUCUCUCAGUUGAAUGAGAGACAGGAAAGAAUUGUCAGUGAAGCCAAGAAAUUGGAGAAAGACCUCAUUGAUUGGACUGAUGGCAUCACCAAGGAGGUGGAGGAUAUUGUGGAGAAAUAUCCCUUAGAAAUCAAAGCAAAAAGCCAAGCCUUAGCAGCCAUUGACUCUGAAAAUGUGGAGAAUGACAAGCUGCCCCCACCCCUGCAGCCUCAGGUCUAUGCAGGAUAAUUCUCCUCAGCUAGCUGGGAAGGAAAGGAAAUUUAAAUCUUAAAGAGCCUAAAUCAGUACAUUUUUAAAGGUACUUUUGGUUUGGGGUUUGGUUUUUUUUGUUUUUUUUUUUUGGUUAAGUGGAAUGAAUUGUAUUUAUUUUAGUCCUGUAGGUUUCUAUUAGGCUUUGGUGGGUUUUUUGAACUGAAUUUCGAUUUUCUACACAAACUGGUGUAAUUUUUAAGCAACACUAGUCCAUUGACAUCCUGAAAGUUCCCUUCUAAGCAUGCACUUAAUUGUUUUUAAUAAUCAGUUUAACUUGAAGCCAAGUUCCAGCAGAAAAAAAAAAUACCAGUGUUAGUCUGAACUUAUUCUGUAGCUGUAAAGAUGAAUUAUAUAUUGUAAAAUAUGUAAAAUUGUAAAUAGAUUUCAAAUCUAAUGUCCCAACUGUGCAUGAGCUCGUGUGUGAGUGAAAAUGAUCUCAACAUAUUCAUUUUAGCACCUUUCAGUUCCACCAUGUUGCAGUAAAAAGGCAAAAAUGCUGUUGGAGUUUGGAUAACCUGGAGGGGAGAAAUUGGAGUGCUUUGCAAGCUUGAAAAAUCAUCUUAAUCUGCUUUGUUAAAAAAAAAUUAUUUAAAAGAUGCCAUUUCUUCAUUUAAAUGCUCUGUCAGAACACCUGGUAGCCUUGAGUGGUGCACAAAGUGCUGAUUUUACUGUGUGGGGGCCAGAAAUUGAAAAUACUUCAGGAAUAGGAGGAGAUAUUUGUAUUAAAAACUGCAGAAUGUGGAACAAAAAAGGGGAGAGGAAAGAGACCAUGAAAGAGUUGCUCCAAAAGUGUCUCUCUCUCUCCAGGUCACUUCCAUCAGUGGGAUGAAUUUUGGUUGCUUUUUUGACAAUCCUGGGGAAAAUAAAUAAAUAAAUAAAUAAAUAUAAUUUGAGGUUGCUUUUUAGAAGGAGCAGAAAAAUGCACUUUAUUUCCAUGAAACAUCAACCUUCUGCUCUUCAGUGACCCCUUCAGCACCUUGAAUGGCUUUUUGUGACACUAAAAAUCACUAAAAUUCAGAUUGGGGUGAAAAAGAGGAGCUCACCCCACAAACAACAACUUCUUAAACAGAACUUGGAAACUUUUUCUGUGUCAAUUUGAAAUCUCUUGCAGCUCCUGAGAUCCCAAACACAAAGCUCAGCUGGAGCUGCUUUUAAGCCAGGUUUAAUUCUUGCCAUGAGGAGGAAAACACAAACCUGGUGCUUCAUUCCCAUUCACUGAGGCUCCUGUUGAAUCUGCACUGCAAUAACUUCAGACCACGACUGUGAUUUCUCCCUUUUUCUGGCAUUUUUGGCCUUUUUAUGAACUAUGCACCACCCCUGGUGUCCACAGAAGCAGCUGCAGCACUGGGGUGCUCAAAACAACAACAAAAAAAUCAAAUUAUUCCGUGUGUCACCACCCAAAUCGCUUAGUAAAUAAUCCUGGGAUUUAUUUCUUUUAUUUAGCUGCUGAUUCUGAUCUCCAGGUUUGUCCCCGGGGGGGGGUGGGGGAAGCAAACCUGCAGCUGUUGUGUAAAUGAGAGUGUUUAAAUAAAAGUUCUGCCCUGGUUAAUGAGUCCCUAAACCCCUCCUCACCUUUUGUUAUUCCAUGAAGGAUUCAUGGCUGCUCCUGCAUCCUCUGAGUUGGGAGAAUCUCCACCAAUUUCUUAUCAAUUUCAAAUAUCUCUUUCUAUUUCCAUCAAUUCUCAAGUGCCCUGCAAGUUCUAGGCUGGGUACCAAUGUUUAUUUUUAUUUUCUUUGCAGAGAAGUCAUUCGAGUGAUGCAGCAUUUGGGAAGGAUUUUGUGACUAAAAUAUCUCUUUUUUUUCAUGUGCCAUCUUGUAAUUAAGGCACCAAAGUGGGGAUGUUUGGAGUAAAUUAGGCAGGAA